CUGACCUUGUACACAUUUGGAUGUGAGUUCAGUUACCAUAUAUUCCUUGCGCUAUAAAAUGCUAUCUUCAAGUAAUCCUGAUGAAGAAAAUUGUCGUAUAUGCAAUAUAAGUAUGAAAAAUUGGAAUGUGGAACGAAGAAAACUUCAUAAAAAUUCAUGUUGUGAAACAGCAAUGAUGUACUGUCAUCGUUGUCCUGCAUGUCAUAAAGAAAUUGAAAGUCGAGUAUCCAGAACACACCUAAAACGAUGUGCUUCACGAUUGAAAAUGGAUUUAUUCAAUUUUAUGGCUUUAUCAUGUCAAGAUCAACGUUUUAUCAGACCUGAAAAUGAAGAUAUUCAUACAGCUUGUGCAUUAUCAUUGUCUAUGGAAGAGGAAGUGAAGAGAAGAAAAUCUGAAGCGAUUUUAGGUGAAAAAAUUCUGCCUACUGAUUUAGGCCCACCGGAACACUUACUUCUGUCAAGGGAAAAACGUGAAAAUAUAUUUGCACAAAAAUUGGAAUCAAUACUUUUAGAGGUUAAACAAAUUGACAAACAAUCUAUCAAGAGAAAUUCCUCUAAACAUAGUCACAGAAAAAUGAGAUCCAAUCUUUGGCGUCUAGCUUCAACAGAGCUUAAUCUAAAUGAUGACAUCAGACAGUUAUACUAUGUUAAUCAGUUAGUCCCGCCAUUAAGUCCUAAAAUUGGGAAUUUAGGCUCAGAGAUAAUUUCAAUGUCACAAAUCCCUGGACGUGUUUCAAUACAUGCGACACAUAAAUGUGAAUCUAAUGCUGAUGAUGAUAUUAGCAAUGAUAAUACUAAUGAAUGUGAAAAUAUCAUCACUUGUGUUAAGGAUGUAAAGAAGGAAGAUGAACAGAUAUCAUCAGAUGGAUGUAAUAAUAAAUCUCUUGAUGAACCUAAACAGUGUACAAAAGAAUAUUCUGUAUCAUUGGAUAAUUUAUCGUCUGAUAAUAAUAAAAAAGAUGAACGAAUAUCAUCAAGUGGAUGCAAUAAUAUCUCCCUUGAAAGUAAACCCUGUACAAUAGAGCAUUCUGUCAUAUCAGAUAAUUUAUCGUCUGUAAAUAGUAAAACUAAUUCAAGGUUAUUUCUCUCCAUGGUGGCCAAUGAAUUAUGCUCAGAUAUGUGUCUAAUUUUGGAUAAUGGUGAUAUACUACCAGCACAUAAAUUCAUUUUUGCUGCUUGGAAUUUAAAUGUAAAUUACUUACAGUCGGAUAUUUUACAAAUUCAUAAUGUUACAAAAAGCGAACUUAUCGAUCUACUCAAUAUCUUAUACAGUGGUGAUCAAUCUAACCUCAAUGUAGAAUACUUUAGCCAAGCUUCAGAAGGCAUUAAAACUAUUCUCACAAAUUGGGGUCUUACACGUCUGAUGGAUAUCACAAAGACUGAAGAUUCUUGCUUACCACAUUCUCCAAGUGUAUCAUUAGCGUACAAAGUGGAAGAUACCACAAGCAUCUAUAAUUCUCAUUACCACCUAUCGCUUGGUGGUACAUCAGUACCCUCUCCAACGCCGACAUCUCCGAGGUUAUCUAUUUCACCAACAACAAAUAAUUCAUACAAUACUGUGAAGAAUCCUGUCCACUCUCCACUUCCCAGCAACCAGUUGAAUCAAGAGAUUCCUCCUACUGUGAUAAGCAACAGCCCUUCACCAAGCAAUUUUAUCAGUUCCACGUCAAUUAAUCAUGAGGCUAAUGGAGAAGAAGAGAAAUCUCAAUCACCUGUAUUAUUAUUACCUACAGUAGUAUCUACACUGAAGACUCCCGCAUUAGUUGUUCAACGAGAAAAUCUUCAUUCUUCUAAAGAUCCAGCUCAAUUCAGUCGUGAUUUAUUCUUUUCAUCUGAUGAUGAUAAGAAGAAAACAGCGACAAUGAACAGAGGGGAUGACAACGGUACUAACAGUAUAGAUGUUGAAGAACAUCAUCGUUAUAUUCACCAAGAAAUACCGAAACCUCCUGAGGAGGAGGAGAGCAAAGAUGUGGAUGAUAAUAGUGAUCAAAAUGAAAAUAUUCAAUCUCCUACAGAUAUGGUUAUUGAUCUCACACAGCCAGAAACAAUAACAGACGUUAACUGCUAUUCACCUAUGCAUAUCAACAAUUCCUCAAAUUGUAAUAAUGAAUCUUUGAAAAGGAAACAAUCGCCAUUGUAUAGUUCGCCUCCUAUUACUAUGACAACAGCAACAACAACAACUACUACUACUAUUAAUAGUAGUACUUCAAGACAUGUAUUCAAUUCAUGGUUAGACAAUGGAACCACUCCACCGCCAUUAAUGAAACGUUUACGUUUGUCUAAUGAUGAUAGGAUGAUUUCAAGUACUUCUGCUACUACCACUACUACUACUACUGAUAUUACUUCCACGAGUAGUAUUGAUACUACUGUUCUCAGCAUUAGUAGUAGUACUACACCUUCGAAUUCUCUUCUAACUGAUUCAGUACUAAGCUAUUUUAGCACAGAUCUGCAUAUUGAUAUAAUAAUAACAAUAAUGAAUGCAACACUGGUCCCAUUGACAAAGAGAAUCAGAUCGCUGCAGUGGUGUUGA